AGGUGGUAGUUAGGGAACUGGGGAGGAAAGGAUCGUCUGCUCUAGUCUCCCUCUUCCCCCGGACUGUUGAAAUGCUUUACUUGAUCGGAUUGGGCCUGGGAGAUGCCAAGGACAUCACAGUCAAGGGCCUGGAAAUUGUAAGACGCUGCAGCCGCGUGUACCUGGACGCCUACACUUCGAUCCUGACUGUAGGGCAGGAUGUCCUGGAAGAGUUUUAUGGAAGAAAACUGAUUCUUGCUGAUAGAGAAGAAGUGGAACAAGCUGAUAAUAUUUUAAAGGACGCUGAUACCAGUGAUGUUGCAUUCCUUGUGGUUGGUGAUCCUUUUGGGGCUACAACACACAGUGAUCUUGUCCUGAGAGCUAUGAAACUGGGAAUUCCGUAUCGAGUUAUUCAUAAUGCUUCCAUAAUGAAUGCUGUAGGCUGCUGCGGUUUGCAGUUAUACAACUUUGGAGAGACCGUUUCUAUUGUUUUUUGGACAGACACCUGGAGACCAGAAAGCUUCUUUGACAAAGUGAAGAAGAACAGACAGAAUGGCAUGCACACACUAUGUUUGCUGGAUAUCAAGGUAAAGGAACAGUCUAUGGAAAAUCUUAUCAAGGGAAGGAAGAUUUAUGAACCUCCCCAGUACAUGAGUGUAAACCAAGCAGCCCGGCAACUCCUGGAGAUUGUCCAGAAUCAAAGACUACAGGGAGAGGAGCCAGCAAUCACCGAAGAGACACUUUGUGUUGGCUUAGCCAGGGUUGGAGCUGAAGACCAGAAAAUUGCAUCAGGCACCUUGAAGCAGAUGUGCACUGUGGACUUGGGGGGACCGUUACACUCCUUGAUUAUCACAGGAGGGACCAUGCAUCCGCUGGAGAUGGAGAUGCUAAGUCAGUUUUCCAUACCAGAAAAUAGCUCAGUUGCAGAACAGUGACACUCUGAACACAGAUGUGUUGUUGGUUGUUAAUUUUAGUCCUAUAUGUAUGAAAGUGCAUUUGUAUACCAAAUGAAAUGAGUUUGUGGUUUAUCCAAUAAGUAUUAAACAGGUAAACGAGAAGAAAGGUUGUUGACUCAAUAUUGCAUGGUUUCCUUGAGCAGUGAGUUGAUCAUUUUUUCCCCAAGUGAUAUCAUUGCUAUUUGGGCAUUUUUUUUCAGGAUUUAUACACAUGGAACAGAUCUACCAGGAAACUUGUAAAGAUCUGUAGUCAGAGGUGUUUAAAUGUUUAUGUUUUUCAUAUAACUUAUGAAAUCAGUUUGUACCAGGUGGAAUUUUCUUCUUUCUUCAAAAAUCAGUAACUUUCUUUUUGACUACAAGCUGGGUUGUUCUGGUUGUUCUGGAAGUAAUGCGUAUAUAUGUGAACAGAAGUGACAGUGGCCCUGACUUAAAUCACAGUUUAUUUUUUUGCCACAAAAUGACAGCCUUCUGAGUGUCUCAUGUUUAACAUCCUAAUUAUGUGUCUCAUGUUUCUGCUGAAUUUUAUAGACUGUAUAAUUGUCAAAUUAUAAAUGUAUAGCCAGCAUGUACAGUUGCUGUUUGGUUUUAAAUAGCAUCUUCUACAUUCAGGCUAACAUUUGUUAGAAAACUUGCUGAUUACAAAAUAAAAAUUUUUAAAUCGAAAUUCGAAGACAACACUGUUAAUAUUUAUAUC